CUUUCAGGGGACGGUGGCCAGAGGAUGGAGGCAUUCCAGGGAGAGCUGCACCCCGGCGGUCAGCACUCUCAUCACAAGGGGCAAAAUGACUCUUUCGAGGUCCUCAGCGAAAGACCCUAUUCCCUGAAGAUUCGAAACACUACCAACUGCAACGCGGGCACAUACACGUGCACCCUGCAGGAUCCGGAAGGGCAGAGAAACCUAAGUGGCACCGUGAUUUUGAAGGUGACAGGGUGCUCUAAAAGACGAGAAGAAAAUUUUAAGAACUACAGAGCUGAGAUCUUCCUGCUGUUGGCUCUGGUGGUUUUCUACUUAACACUCAUCAUUUUCACUUGUAAAUUUGCACAACUACAGAGCAUAUUCCCAGAUUUUUCUAAAUCUGGCAUGGAAAGAGCUUUUCUCCCAGUCACCUCUCCAAACAAGCACUUGGAUCCAGUGACCCCUCAAAAGACUGAAAUCGUAUGAGCAGGAUUUCUGCAGAUUGUAUUCCUAAAGUCCGGGCUUGGUGGCAUGCCCAUUUGCCAUUCUGGACAAGAGAAGAAUGAGGUCCACACCGAGGGUGCAUCCUUCCUGUGAUGUUCUGGCCAAAAAUGUCUAAAGGUGGAACACACCCCACUUUCUACAGAGCUUGAAAACCAUCCCACGGCUAGAGCAUGGGGCCACCUGCAGAGCAUCCUCCAGAGCUGCUUCUCCAUGGCUGCUGGCUUAGUGUUUUAAGCAGCUAUCUGGUCAACCUCUUGGAAACUUCUUCCAUCACAUGAAAGCUAUGGUGAGAUACAGUUGGAAAAGGGUCUUGGGAAAUAUGCCCAGAGCUGGCCCUGUGACAGACUCCCGAGGACAGCUGUCAUCUUGCACAUCUGGAAAACAUCUCUUUGAAUUUGCUAUGUUUGGUUGUACCAGCCCAGAUGUUUUAUGUCUGGGAGAAAUCGACAGGCCAAGCUGUGAGACAGUGGGAAAGAUUUAGCAAAUAAUUUCCCGGUGUGAAGGUCCUGCUUGUGCUAAGGAUUAGUAUGUGUACAUAGAACUAACAGGUCAACAAACUAUUUUCCAACAGGGUCCUUUCAUCUGAGAAAGGCAUCCACGGGGAAGCCACGAGAAAGAGUGCCACAUUUAUUUUUAUAUCUGUAUAUAUGUCAAAGGAGUAUUUGUGUUUUUCUCCUUUUGAGCCCAUACCUACAGUUAGAAAGCCCUGCUGACUGACAGACAACUUGAAUAUGGAGAGUGGGAAGUCGUCAGAGAGGGUGACAACGAGGUAGAGAGCCAUGGAGUGUAGAGGUACUGGACCAACCCUCCAAUCAGGCCUUAGGUCUGAUCGUCCACUGCCUCGCUGCCUGAUCUUGGGCAAAUUCUUCGUGGUUUCUACUUUCUUUGUAAACCGAAAGUUUGUGUUAUGGGUGGAUUAAAAAUAAUAUAUGCAGAAAUGCUUUGGAAAAGUUGUAAAGCACUAUGCCAACUUGAAACACCAUUGGGUCAUUAUCCUUGCUGUUAUGCUUCGGGAUGAGAGAAUGGGUGCUUUUCAUUUCUCGUGUUUUCCAUUGUUUCAAACAAAGAAAGCUUUCAAGAAGACUUUGCUCCCGUCUUCUGUGUGAAUUCCGUUGGGGAAAUGAAAUACUCAGGACAGUGGUCUGUUCUGGAAGCACCAGCCAAAAGAACCUCGAGAAAUGGACACUUGGAGACACUGGGCGCUGGAGAAAAGGGAUCUCACCAAGUGUUGCCUUGAUGCAUCGGCGAUUGUUGGUUUUCUCAAACCUGGCCCCGUCCCUGCUUGUUUUCCAGAGAUUUUAUUUUGGUAAUUUGUGCAUGAUCCACACUAUGAGAGAGUAAAAGGGAUACCUAAUUGA